AUGGUCACUCCGAAAACAUCCCAUUUGACAAAUCCCAAAAAAUCGUCAACCAAUUCCCGAUCGAUUCCGAGUGAUGGAUCAAUCACAAGUCACUGUACAUCAAAUUAUUCCUUGUCAUUUCCACAUCGUUCGACAAGUUCUAGCCCUUCUGCAGCUUGUAAGUUACUGCCUCGUCCCGUAUUACCUUAUGCUCCAAUUCGUCAAGAUGAACGGCAACAUUAUCUCAGACUUUUACAUGAUCAAUAUGUACAUUGUAAUAGGAAUUUUCUAAAUAACUCGCAAUCCAAUGACGAAAUUACAAGAAAGGCCGUCAACGAGGAGUUCAGAAUUGCUUCUUCAACAAAAUCGAAAAUGGAGUACCUACAUGUAAUUAAAAAAAUAAUGUUCAAUUUGAAAAAAUAUGGUAAUGAAGGUGGUAAGACACUAAAUAGGCAUAAUAACAACAUUAAUAAGAUUAGUAACAUUGGUAUGGAUAAUAACAAUGACAAUCAAACUAACCAUAAUCACAAGGUUGAAAAAACUGGGGAAAAAAACUCACCCCGGGGCCUUCAAUCUGCACCUGCCGCUUUAGGCAAUCCCCCAUUUCCACAGUAUUGGGAUGAAUUGGUCGAAUUAUGUAUCCCGUUAGAGAGAUUGAAGAGGCAUAAUUAUGUUAUUGAAGUUCCAAUUUUCCCAACAUCCGAUUAUUCUCCUAAUGAUCGAAUCAAUUGUGGGAGAUGUGGUACUUGUUUUAGAAUUAGUGAAAUUUCAAAUAUGGUUAAAUGUAAAUACCAUUGGGGGAAGAUAAACACCUCAACUUACCAGAAUUUGAAUUUGGGUAAAAAGAUUUACGGUACUGAUUAUACCAACAAGACAUAUUCUUGUUGUAACGAACCAGUAGGCCAAUCAAACGGCUGUGUAACGGGAGACCACCAUGUUUUCAAAUUUGACAAUCCAAUAGAUCUACAUUAUGUCAAGGAAUUUCAAAGAAUUGAAGAGUUGAGGUCAAAGCUUAAAAUUGAUGGCAAUUCUAAAACACAGCUAUUGAGAAAGGAAAAGAUCAAGGCAAUUGGUGUAGACUGCGAGAUGUGCUAUACCGAUAAAGGUUUUGAAAUGAUGAAAAUCAGUGUCGUUGAUUUCAGAACGGAGAAGAAAUUGAUUGACUCUAUUGUCCAUCCAGAUGGAGAUCUAAUUAUCGAUUUAAAUACCCAUGUCUCCGGUGUCGAAUCUAUACCUAAGACUGCCCUAACGUUUGAUGAGCUCAUGAUUAAACUGGCUCAUAUGACAGACCAAGAUACCAUAAUUGUUGGCCAUGGCCUUGAAAACGACUUGAAUGUAAUGCGAUUGAUAUAUCCAAAAAUUGUAGAUACGGCGAUCUUAUUCAGCGAGAAUCAGGUGAAUGUAAGGAGGAAGGACCCGUUGAAGAAACUAGCGUGGAAAUACCUGAGUGAGAAUAUCCAAGGCAAGGAGCAUGAUUCAUUAGAAGAUGCAAUCGUGCCCAUUCGUAUUGUCAAGAGACAUAUCCAGAAAUUAUUAUCCAUGAAGGAACGUAAUAGGUUGAACAGAAACUUACAUUAA